GGUUUCCGAGGUCACAACAAAGCUCAGAUCCAAACACAAGUCUUGUCUCUCUUUCUCUCGCAGGUCACCGAGAAAAUAUCUUUUGUUGUCUCCACCCACCCCACCCAGGUUAUGGAUUCUCUCGCUCUCGCUCCCCAGGUUUACAGCCGCAAGGACAAAUCUCUCGGCGUUCUUGUCGCCAAUUUCUUGACACUGUAUAAUCGUCCCGAUGUUGAUCUAUUUGGGCUCGAUGAUGCCGCCGCGAAAUUAGGAGUUGAACGUCGGCGUAUUUAUGAUGUGGUCAAUAUAUUGGAGAGUAUUGGGCUUGUUGCAAGAAGUGGGAAGAAUCAGUAUUCGUGGAAAGGUUUUGGAGCUGUUCCUCGUGCUCUAUCUGAACUCAAAGAAGAGGGAAUGAAAGAGAAGUUUGCGAUCGUCCCUUUUGUGGCCAAGUCAGAGAUGGUCGUUUAUGAGAAAGAAGGAGAAGAAUCUUUCAUGUUAUCUCCUGAUGAUCAAGAGUUCUCACCAUCUCCCAGACCUGACAACAGGAAGGAGAGAACUCUCUGGCUACUUGCACAGAACUUUGUGAAGCUGUUUUUAUGCUCUGAUGAUGAUCUGGUAACAUUUGAUAGCGCUACAAAAGCAUUGCUGAAUGAGUCUCAGGAUAUGAAUAUGAGAAAGAAAGUUAGACGCCUUUACGACAUUGCAAAUGUGUUUUCCUCAAUGAAGCUAAUCGAGAAGACUCAUGUCCCAGAGACUAAGAAGCCGGCAUAUAGGUGGUUGGGAUCUAAAACCAUAUUUGAAAACAGAUUCAUUGAUGGUUCUGCAAGCUUAUGUGAUCGUAAUGUGCCUAAAAAGCGGGCAUUUGGGACCGAACUCACAAACGUUAACGCAAAGAGAAACAAAUCAGGUUGUUCUAAAGAAGACAGCAAGCGUAAUGGAAAUCAAAACACAAGCAUUGUUAUCAAGCAAGAACAAUGUGAUGAUGUGAAACCGGACGUGAAGAAUUUUGCCUCUGGAUCAUCCACUCCUGCAGGCACUUCUGAGAGUAACGAUAUGGGAAACAACAUUAGGCCAAGAGGUAGACUUGGAGUUAUCGAAGCCCUUUCUACUCUUUACCAACCAUCAUAUUGCAAUCCUGAGUUACUUGGUCUUUUUGCGCAUUACAACGAGACAUUUAGGUCAUAUCAAGAAGAGUUUGGUCGGGAGAAAUGACUUAAUCAUCAGGUAGAUUAACUUGCGGGGCGUAACUUCAAUUCUCUAAUCACAAGCCAAAUUUCUUUUGCUCAUUUGCGUUAAACUACAGAAAAACUCUUACAAUAGAGAUUAUUACAUGCAAAUCGAAGCGUUAUCUUUUGGUUUUUUGUAGAAAAAAAUAAAAACUUAAAGUAGCUAACCGUGUAGUUUUAAUUUUCUAGCGUUCCUUUAUUGUUACAAUUUACAAAUGGAUACCAUUUCAGUUCUAUGAUUAUAUAUCUAUGUUGAAAGGAAUUUUUAAAAGCACAA